GCGCGAGGAGGAGGGUGCUCGUGGGGCCGGCGCGCAUGUUUCGGCGGGUCCGCGCAGGAGCUGACGGCGGGUCCUCUCCUCACUUGACCGGGACCGAGCAGAGGGGAGCGGCGCUGUCAGGUCUGUGACAGGCAAUAAAAGCAGGAGUGUCUCCUCGUCAGCCGUGCUUGAUGCGGAGUGGUGCCCCUCAACCUAUAUAUAGCCUCUGCCUUCAGGUUGGCGACCUGUUCCUGGAAAAAUGAAUUAGGGAAAGAGACACCUGCAUACAAUCAAUCAUGAGACUCAAAAGGCAACCAAGCUUUUUAACAUGCCACAUAAUACUGCUGUGGCUUGUUCUGACUCUGCAGCCUCUCAGCAGUAUUCCAAGUGAAGAAGAGCUGGUGAUCACAACUAGUCAAGGAAAAGUAAAAGGAACUCCAUUAGACGUCCUUUCGGGUUCAGUCACUGCUUUCCUGGGUAUACCAUAUGCAGAACCACCUAUUGCUGAACUUCGAUUUAAGAAACCAGAACCCCGAAGACCCUGGUCUGGGCUGUGGAAUACAAACAAAUAUCCAAACACAUGUUAUCAAUAUACCAGCAACUCUUACUCUGGUUUCUCUUGGGAGGAAAUGUGGAAUCCUAACACAAAACUUAGUGAGGAUUGUCUGUAUGUUAACGUGUGGGUUCCAUCGCCAAGACCAAAUAGAGCAGAUGUUAUGGUAUGGAUUUUUGGUGGGGGCUUUGCUUCAGGAACCUCUUCCCUAGCAGUUUAUGAUGGAAGAUAUCUAUCUUACGUUGAAAAUAUAAUUGUAGUUUCUAUGAAUUACAGGUUAGGUGCUUUCGGUUUCCUAGCUUUGCCUGGGAGCCACGAUGUUCCUGGGAAUAUGGGAUUAUUUGACCAACGUUUAGCACUUAAGUGGGUUCAGGAUAAUAUAGCAGCAUUUGGAGGGAAUCCCAGAAGUGUGACCUUGUUUGGAGAGAGUGCUGGAGCAGUUUCAGUGCAUCUGCAUAUUCUUUCACCUAAAAGCCGUCCUCUGUUUACAAGAGCCAUAAUGCAAAGUGGUUCUUCCAAUGCUCCCUGGACUGUUUUACAAGCUGCUGAGGCAAAACGUAGGGCUAUGAUUUUGGCCAGACGCCUUGAAUGUCCUUACAGUAAUGAUACAGAGCUAGUGAAUUGUCUUCGUGAUAAGCAUCCUCAAGAAAUAGUUGACAAAAGUCAAGGAAUCUUAACCAAAAGUCUUUUGUCUGGAUGUGUUUAUUUACCUGUAGUUGAUGGGGAUUUUCUCACUGACCACCCUGAAGAAUUAAUUAAAAUGGGGAGCUUUAAAAAAAUCCAAAUCUUAGCAGGUGUGAACAAACAUGAGGGGAGCUACUUUUUGCUGUAUGGGGCUCCUGGCUUCAAGAAAGAUACAGAAAGUCUCAUUACUCGUGAAGAAUUCCUUCAGGGUGUAAGGAUGUCUUUUCCUGAAGCUGGUGAUAUUGGACUAGACGCUAUUGUUUUCCAAUAUACAGAUUGGACAGAUGAGAACAAUGCAACGAAGAAUCGUGAUGCUUUGGUUGAUGUGGCUGGAGACUGCAAUUUUAUAUGUCCACUGAUGGAUUUUGCUAAUAGUUUUGCUGAAUAUGGAAAUACUGCCUAUGUUUAUUUGUUUGACCAUCAUGCAUCUAAUGCAGAUUGGCCUGGGUGGAUGGGAGUUAUGCAUGGCUAUGAGAUUGAAUUUGUGUUUGGAAUUCCUCUUGGCCAGUGGCUCAAUUAUACUAUGGCAGAGCAAACACUCAGCAGAAACAUGAUGCACUACUGGGCAAAUUUUGCAAAAACUGGUAACCCAAAUGAACCCAAAAUGCAAGGAAUGAAGUGGCCUGAAUACACACAAUUAGAACAAAAGUAUAUAACUUUAAACACUGAUGCACCAAGAAUUUAUAUGAAGCACCGUGCUCAGCAGUGUGCCUUCUGGAAUCAGUUUCUUCCCAAACUCCUUCAGAGGACAGAGCACAUGGAUGAAACAGAACAACAGUGGAAGCAGGAAUUCCAUCGAUGGAACUCUUACAUGUUAGACUGGAAAAGUAAAUUCAAUGCUUAUAACAGCAGAAAAGAUAAUUGUACGAGUAUUUAGGCAAUAUAGUUUCCUCUGCAAAGUCAUUUGUACAGUUUAAAUGGCAUACUUACUAUGUGACAAAUAGAAAAGGCUCUAUUUGGCCUAAAUGUUUGCUAUCUCUUCAGUGGUAAAAUAGUCUUAAAAUAUUAACUCCCAAGUGCAAAAACAUGUUAUACGGUAUCUGUAUGGCAACUAAUAUUUCCACACUUAUAAGAUGCAUCAUAUGCAGGUGCCAAGCUAUUACUUCCAAGACCUCUGCAAAGACUUUGUUAUAUUUUGUCCAACACUUUGUUUUUUUCUCUAUCUCACUAAUUUCUCAAUCCAUCUCUCCUCCUCAUGCUUUGCUUUCCUUUUCCUCUAGUGAUUUUGUCCUCCUGCUUUUAUCCUAUUUCCUGUUUCCAUUUCACUUAGAAUGUACUUACUUCUCAGCUUGAAUCUUCCACCUCAUUUCUGUAACUCCAGCUGAUGUAGAACACAAUCUGUAUUACUGUUUCACCUGAAUCUGACCUGCCUUUUUAUCCCUAUACUUCUACAAAAUAAUCUAAAACAGGUAGAGCAAUCAAUAAAAUAUAAAAUUAUAAUUUACUGUCAAAAUAACGUUGAGACUAAUAGCAUUUGCUGUGAUAUGCACAAAUAGUACAGCAACUUCAGACAAUGGAGAACGCACAGUUAAAUGUGAAUAGCUCACCAUUGCAAAAUAUCGAUUGGGGUAUAAUUGCUGUACUUACAUAAGGUAUACAAAGUAAACUCGCUACAGAAAAUUAGAGUUGGUCUGAAGUGACUCAAGGAGCCUCUUUUGGAGCCAGUACAUUUCAUUAACUCUGUAUUAGCUGUCAAACAUUCUUUUAGCAUUCUGUUAAUUGUUAAUUACUGUCAAUGAACUUCUCUGGUGAAAAUUACUAUUAUAAAUGUGGAGUCUCAUUCCUUCAGAUUUUAACAACCAUUGGAUCUUUUAAAAAUGUGAAAUUUAAAGUGAUUUAUUUUACUCUUCCUUUCUAUCUCCCUUUCUCGCUGUCCAAUCUUUCUUUCCCUCACUUAAUUUCAUUUUCUGAUUUAAUGUUGAAUUCACCCAUUCUAUUUUAUACUUCUUACUCAGUCUUUGAGCUGUUAAUUUCUCAAAUUUCCCAUCCAAUUGGUUAAGGAGAUGCAUAGUUGCUAGUUUUGCUCAUGCUCAAGUCAUUCUCCAGGACUUGUUGGUUACAGAAGAAGCAUUGAUGAGAUGGUUCAACAGGUUGAUAAUCAGCUUACUAAUUGUUCCAACACUUCCUCACUAUUCACCAAAAGAAAAAAAAUGUGUUAAGAUGCAAAGCAAACAAACAAACUCUGAUCCAAGAUGUCUUGAAUCUUUCAUGGUGCCUUCAUCACCUUGCAUUUUAGCAACUUCUUUCACAAAAUAUCAUUGAAAUGCCUAACUAAUGGUAAAUACAGUUGGAUUCAAUAUAGCAAAUUAAUACCGCUAUAUGUUUGGAAGGACUUACCUUCCAUAUAUUAACUAAUGGAGUCUGAAAGUUAUGGAAAUAUAAAUCCCCAUAUGCAAAACUGCUAGUCUAUUUUGCAGUCUUAUGCAUUGUGGUAGUUUAUAUUUCCACAGUUUACUAAUUUGAAAUUGCUUUACAAUUUAUUUAUUGGUGAAGGACUGCUUCCCACCAUUAUAUUUUGCAUUUAUUAUAUGCUCAGCUGUUGUGCUGCACUUGUUAUCAACAGAUAUAUGAAAUUCAGGAAGGGGUCUUGUAUUUUAAGAAAGAGAAUAUUAAAUCUCCAUUAAUUGUAA